CUUAAAUCGAGUCAGAGCAUUUUUACACUGUUAUUCAGACUGUGACUUUCUGUGUGAGACUGACAUCUAGUGGACUUGUUUAUUAUAUGACUGACAUUUUGCACACGUUUCAUAAACUCAACCAGGAAAUUAUUGAGUUCAGGGAAACUGAAACUGUCGGGCUGUUGUGUGUUUCGUCUUUCUUUCUGUGAGUACAUACAGUGAAAUGGCAGAAGCCAGUAUUUCAGUGGUUCAGGAUCAGUUCAUCUGUUCAAUCUGUCUGGAUCUACUGAAGGAUCCAGUGACCAUUCCCUGUGGACACAGUUACUGUAUGAGCUGUAUUACAGACUGCUGGGAUCAGGAUGAUAAGAAGAGAGACUACAGCUGCCCUCAAUGCAGACAGACCUUCACUACAAGACCUGUUUUAGGUAAAAACACCAUGCUGGCUGAAGUGGUGGAGAAACUGAAGAAGACAAAACUACAAGCUGCUCGUCCUGAUCACUGUUAUGCUGAAGCUGGAGAUGUGAAGUGUGACGUCUGUACUGAGAGAAAACACAAAGCUGUCAAGUCCUGUCUGGUGUGUCUGAACUCUUACUGUCAAAAUCAUUUUAAACUUCAUGAAGAACUUCACUCAGGAAAGAGACACAAAGUGACAGACGCCACUGGACGACUUCAGCAGAUGAUCUGCCCUCAACAUGAGAAACUUUUAGAGAUUUACUGUAAAACUGAUCAGAUCUGUAUAUGUUAUCUGUGUAUGGUGGAUGAACACAAUGAACAUAAGACUGUAUCAGCUGCAGCAGAGAGGACUGAGAAACAGAAAGAACUGAAGGAGACACAGAGAAAAUACCAGCAGAGAAUCCAGGAGAGUCAGAAGAAGCUUCAGGAGCUGAGAGAUGCUGUGAAGACUCAUAAGCGCUCUGCACAGACAGCAGUGGACGACACUGAGAAGAUCUUUACUCACGAACGAUCUGAGGUGACACAGCUGAUCAGAGAUCAGGAAAAGACUGCAGUGAGUGAAGCUGAAGGACUCUUGAAGCGACUGGAGCAGGAGAUUGAUGAUCUGAGGAGGAGAGACGCUGAGCUGGAGCAGCUUUCACACACAGAUGAUCACAUCCAUUUCCUCCAGAGUUUUCAGUCUCUCUCUGUUCCUCCUGGAUCUUCAGACUCACUCAGCAUCACUGUCAGCUCUCUCAUCUCUUUUGAUGAUGUAGGAAAAUCUGUGUCUCAUCUGAGAGAGAAACUGGAGGAUUUCUGUAGAGAAGAGAUAGAAAAGAUAUUUGAUAAAGUUAUUCCUGAACCAGAGACCAGAGAGCAGUUCCUAAAAUAUUAUCAUCACUUCACUGCAGAUCCAAACACAGCAUAUAAAUAUCUCUGUCUGUCUGAGGGGAACAGAGUGAUUACUUACACUGCCACAGAGCAGCAGUAUCCUGAUCAUCCAGACAGAUUUGAUGAUUGUGAUCAGGUGUUGUGUAGUGAGAGUGUGAGUGGACGCUGUUACUGGGAGGUUGAGUGGAGUGGUGAUGUGGUGUUAAUAUCAGUGUCAUAUAAGAGCAUCAGCAGGAAGGGAGGGGGUAAUGAGUGUGUGUUUGGAAAUAAUGAUCAGUCCUGGAGUUUGCGCUGCUGUGACUCCAGUUGUUCAUUCUGGCACAAUAACAUUGAGACUAAACUCCCAGUAGUGUCCAGAUCUUCUAGAAUAGGAGUUUAUGUGGAUCACAGUUCAGGAUCUCUGUCCUUCUACAGCGUCUCUGACACAAUGACCCUCAUCCACAGAGUCAACACCACAUUCACUAAACCUCUCUAUCCUGGGUUUUUUGUUUCUGGAAUAGUGAAACUGUGUGAUUUUACAAUAUAGAUGAUACAGAGAGUCUACAAUUAUAUUGUUAUAUACAUUGAUCUUAAUAGUGAAUAGAAAUCUUCAGACUGCAUCUAGUAAUGAUUGUAAAGUAUACAGGACUAUAAAGUCAUCAAUGACUAUAACAGCACAAACGGCAUCUUACUGUGUAUAAGUUUUUACAUGCAGGAUUGCGUUACAUUCAGUUACCCCACUGUGUACAUUUAUUGUGCAAAUGUUUAUUAUAAAUUCACUGAGAUUUGACAUACUAAAAAUACUAAAUACUACAGCAAGUACGAUAUAUUAGUUCUAGUACAGUAUGAAGCAUUUUCUUACAGCACUUUGUUGUAUUUUGUUGCUUUAUUCAGUUAAUUUUUGUAUUGAUGGUUAAACUGAGUCUCUCAUUCAGUCUUGUGUUUAUUUUUGGACUCUUGAUUUAUCAGCAGAUUCAGGUGAAUGUAACAGCUUGAUAAACACAAAUGUAGAUGUGUCUGUA